AUGCCUUCUCAACCCGACGACAAGCGUCAGGCGGCACGCGAAGUUAUUGACAUUCUUCACGAGAUCUCUACACUUCUCAACACGGCUUUAGACAGAACUGAUCUUUCUCUUUGCGUCUCACUCAUCGAGAACGGCGUCAAUCCUGACGCCCUUGCUGAUCUGAGAAAAGAAGCCACAGCCGCUCCACAGCUCACCACGAAUGAGAAUGGCCUUGGUGAAUAG